AACCCAGAGUGAAUAUUCCAUUAUCCUGUCAGUGUCCGUGUUGUGCUGCAGGAGUGGCGAUGCAGCUAUGAAGGGGGCGGUCACCGCAUCAGCACCGCUCUCGUCUUCCUCCUCAAGCUUGAGCGACCCACACCUUUCAAAACAUGCGACGUGCCAAGUUCACGACGGGUGUGCAAGGAGAAACAUGUUGAGGUGUGACUGGGAGAAGGGCGGAGAUCGUAAUGAGCAGUCAAGGGCUGGCUGUCGAGAAACUGAGAGCGACCCGGGGCGAACCCCGCGGCGGGAUCAAAUCAACCCGUUCACCGAGCUGCCCCACACGCCGCGCUACUACCAGAACCUUCAGAAGCGCCGGCAGCUCCCCGUGUGGGAAUACCGAGAGAACUUCACAGAAAUGCUGACACGUCACCAGUCAUUUGUCAUUGUAGGAGAGACCGGCUCUGGAAAGACCACACAGAUCCCCCAGUGGUGCGUCGAAACGGUUCGAUCCACGGCGGGUCCCAAUAGGGCGGUGGCCUGCACCCAGCCCAGGCGGGUGGCGGCCAUGAGCGUCGCCCGGAGGGUGGCCGACGAGCUGGACGUCACGCUGGGCCAAGAGGUGGGCUACUCCAUCCGCUUCGAGGACUGCAGCUCUGCCAAGACGCUGCUCAAGUACUUGACAGAUGGCAUGUUGCUGCGGGAGGCCAUGAGCGACCCGCUGCUGGAGCGCUACACCGUGGUUGUGCUGGACGAGGCCCACGAACGCACGCUCGCCACGGACAUCCUCAUGGGCGUCCUCAAGCGGGUGCUCCGCCAAAGACCGGACCUCAAGGUUGUGGUCAUGAGCGCCACGCUGGAUGCCGGGAAGUUCCUGGCGUAUUUUGACGGCUGCCCCCUGCUGUCCAUCCCUGGCCGCACGCACCCCGUGGAGGUCUUCUACACGGCCCAACCCGAGCGGGACUACCUGGAGGCGGCCAUCCGCACCGUGCUCCAGAUCCACAUGUGUGAAGAGGACCAAGGGGAUAUUUUGCUCUUCCUCACCGGGCAAGAGGAAAUCGAGGAAGCCUGCAAGCGCAUCAAGGCCGAGGUCAGCGACCUGGGGCCUGACGCCGGCGACGUUAAAGUCAUCCCGCUGUACUCCACGCUGCCCCCUCUGCAGCAGCAGAGGAUUUUCGAGCCGCCCCCUGCCAACAAACCCAACGGCGCCAUCGGAAGGAAGGUCGUCGUGUCAACAAACAUCGCGGAGACGUCACUCACCAUCGACGGCGUCGUGUUUGUAAUCGAUCCUGGAUUUGCAAAGCAAAAGGUGUACAAUCCUCGCAUAAAAGUGGAGUCACUUCUGGUGUCAGCCAUCAGCAAAUCGUCGGCACAGCAGAGGAUGGGCCGAGCCGGACGGACGCGUCCCGGGAAAUGCUUCCGCCUGUACACGAAAAAGACUUACAGGACAGAGAUGCAGGACAACACCUAUCCAGAGAUCCUCGUGUCCAAUCUGGGCUCCACGGUGCUGCAGCUCAAGAAGUUGGGAAUUGACGACUUGGUGCAUUUUGACUUCAUGGAUCCACCGGUCCCCGAGACCCUGAUGCGAGCCCUGGAACUGCUUAACCACCUUGGGGCGCUGGACGACGACGGCGACCUGACGGAUUUGGGCACAGUGAUGGCAGAGUUCCCGCUGGAUCCGCAGCUAGCCAAGAUGGUCGUCGCUAGCUGCGAUUUGGGUUGCUCGGACGAGGCGCUCUCCAUCACCGCCAUGUUGUCAGUCCCGCAGUGCUUCAUCCGACCCCGUGAGGCCAAAAUGGCAGCCGACAACGCCAAGAUGCGCCUGGCCCACCGGGACGGAGACCACCUGACUCUUCUCAACGUCUACGUCGCCUUCAAACAAAACCAGCGGUCCUCACGGUGGUGCUACGACAACUUCGUCAGCUACUCCUCACUGAUGGCGGCGGACGGCGUGCGCUGGCAGCUGUGCCGGAUCAUGGAGCGCGUCGGUUUGCCCCGGCGGAGUUGCGAAGGGGACGAUGCAGACGUCUGCCGGAUGCUGCUCACCGGUUUCUUCAUGCAGGUUGCUCACCUGGAGCGCACCGGCCACUAUUUGACAGUGAAGGACAAGCAGGUGGUCCAGCUGCACCCGUCCACCUCGCUGGGCCGCAAGCCCGAGUGGGUCCUCUACAGCGAGUAUGUGCUCACCGCCAAGAACUACAUCCGCACGUGCACCCACAUCCACCCUGAGUGGCUGCUGGAAAUCGCCCCGCGCUACUACGAGAUGAGCAACUUCCCCCAGUGCGAAGCCAAGAGACAGUUGCAGCGCGUCAACGGCAAGCUCUCGUCCAAGCCAUUCUGAACAGAAAUGCGGCUCGAUUUGUUUGGAGGCAAAUCUGGACCAUUUCAAAAGCGGCACAAUAUAUUGUUCGUCUUUGUGUGAUCAUCCAGUCAAAUUUCUUUUAUCCGUGAUAGUUCCCACGUCGGGAGUUUGGACUGUCAUGCAUCCGACUUUCGUGUUCUUUUAAGAGCGGGGCUGUUGUCAAAUGUACUCCUGCAACAUGUAAUAAACGUGAAUUUUGAACAUGAAA